GCCCCAUUUAUAGCAGCAUUUGCAUCCCAUACAUGAGAACAGCUCAGCCUCUACUUCAGCUUUCCUACAGCCUGACAUGCAGCCUGCAGAGCUGGAGCAAGUCUCAUGGCCGUGUCUCCAACACCUGGCAGUGGAGACGCGGUGAGAGGCGAUGGAUGGGCAGGGAUGGAUGAAGAGCAGCGGGGGCCGGGAGCGGUGACGCAGCAGCCGCUGACGCUGCUCCGGUGUCUGGCAGACGCGUGGCAGAGUUGGCAAGAACGGGAUUGUGAUGCAAAGCAAAAGAAAUGAGGGUUUUUGCCUCCUAAGGUAAGCAGGCUUUAUCGCACCCACCUACGUGAAGCUGCAGCCGCUGAGCGUGACAUCCUGGCAGGAGGAACCCCAAAAACCAGACUCUCUGCGGGGAGGAAGGUGACAGCGGCACCCUCCCACUCCAGCCCCCUCCCUGUGCUGCCUCGGCCCACUCCCGGCUGUUAACACCGUCUUAAAUGAUAAUGACCUUGGCACUGAUAUUGCUGUGAUAGUCGUGCAACCAAGGACACGCUGUCCUGAUGCCAGUAACCUGUCCCAGUGCAGCCUUUCCCCUGAACCCUUCCCAGUAAACCCUCCCAGAAUCCCCCCCAGCCUAAACCUUUCCCAACCAUCCCUCCAGUAAACCUCCCAGUAACCCUCUCCCAAUCCAGCGUUUCCCAGUGACUCCGCAUUUCCCCGAGCCCCCCCGCCAGGGAUGGCAGUUUUCCAACGCCGGGAACCACUAACGCCACCGGGAUGGUCCUCGACCGGAUCGUACCGAGCCUGGGGCUGUGUCGGUGUCAAUACUGGUGCCGUACCAGGCUAUACGGAGCCCGGGGCCGUGCCGGUGCUGUUCCGAGCUGUACUGUGAGGCCGGGGCCGUGUCUUUGCUGGUACCGACGCUGUGCUGCACUGGACCCACUCUGGUACUGGCACCGAACCCGUGAAUGCCGGUACCGGGCCAUACCGAGCCCGGGGCCGCGCCGGUGUCGAUACCGGUGCAGUACCGAGGUGUACAGAGCCCGGUGUCAGCACCGAGCCGGUACCAUACCGCGCCAUACCCAGCCUGCUGCCGCACCGGGCCACGCCGAGCCCGAGCACCCCCCACCAAGGCUGUACCGUACCGGGCCGGGCCCGUGUUCGUGCAGAUACCGGCGCCGCGCUGUACCGAGCCCGGUGCCGGCACGGAGCCCGGACCCGUCAUGAUGCCUGUACCGGUGCCGUACCGAGCCCGAGCAUCCCCCGCCAAGGCUGUACCGUACCGGGCCGGGGUCGCGCCCCUCCAUGCCGGUGCGGAGCCGGUGCCGGAGCCGCCCCCGGCGGGGCCGAGCCGCACGGAGCCGGCACCGCCCCCGGGCUAUAUAUCCUCGCCGUGGCGCUGCCCUGCUCCCGUUCCCGUUCCCAUGGCGGCGGCGGCAGCGGCGGAUCCAAGUCCGGCUACCGGCAGCGAGCAACGCCCCGACCGCGGCGGUACCGGCACCACCACCACCAACCCCAGCGGCAGCACCGGCAGCAGCAGCAGCCCCGGGCCGGUAGAGCUGGCGGCGGCUCGGCGGCGGCUGGUGGCGGCGGAAGGUCGUCGCCGGGCGGCGGCGGAGCUGGAGUGCCGGGUCCGGCAGGUUCACUGCGCCCUGCGGCACGCCGAGCUCCGCCUGGCCGCCCGCGCCGAGGCCCUGGGCCGCCUGGGGGCCGGGGUGGCCCAGGCGCAGCUGGCGCUGGCAGCGCAGAGCCAGCGGCUGCAGAAGGGGCUGCGCCGCCGCCCCCGCCCCCGGCCCGCCGCCCUCCUGGCCGCCGCCCGCGCCCUCCGCAGCUGCGUCCCCUGGGCCCCCGCCCGCUCCCGCGGCGCCGCCGCACCGGCCACCGCUGCCCGGCGACUGCCCGCGGCACCACGCAGCCCCGCAUAGCGACCGGGAUCCGGGGGAGCUGCGGGUUUGGGUCCUGGGGAGUGUGAUGGGUUUGGGGGACCCAGCAGGGUCUGGGGUCCUUGAGGGGGUGCUGAGGAGUGUGAUGAGCUGGGAACUUGUGGGCUUGGGGGGACCCAGCAGGGUCUGGGGUCCUUGAGGGGGUGCUGGGGAGUGUGAGGGGUUGGGGACUUGUGGGGCUGGGGAGACCCAGCAGGGUCUGGGGUCCUUGAGGGGGUGCUGGGGAGUGUGAUGGGUUAGGCACCUGCGGGGUUUGGGAGAUCCUAUUGAGCGAGGGGACUCAGUGGGGUUUGGGGUCCUGGGGAGUCUGAUGGAUUGGGGCCCUGCAAGGUUUGGGGAACCCUAUGGGGUGGGGGGGACCCAGCAGGUUCUGGGGUCCCUGAAGGGAUCCUGGGGAGUCUGAUGGGUUUGGACCCAGUGGGUCAGCAGGGUUUGGGGGUCCCUAGGGGACCCUGUGAAUUCAGGGGUCCCGGGGGGAUCCUGCAGGGCAUGGGGGGGAUUUGGGGGACCCAGUGGGGUCUGGGGACCUUGGGGUGCCCUGAAGAAUCUUGGGGUCGAUUUUCCCUGAGGGACCCUGGGGCUUUGGGAUGUUUGAAGGACCCUGCAGGGACAGGAGUCCAGGUGUGUGCGGUGAGCUGGUGGACGGGGCAGGGGGGCAGUGAGAUUGGGGAACCCAGCAGGGUCUGGGGUGCACGAGGGACCCUGCAGGGUCUGGGGUCCCCAGAGGAUCAUGCCAGGUUUGAGGGUGUUUAUAGGGGAAUGUGCUGUCAGCACCCCAAGUCUGGAGUCACCUCCCCCCAAGGUAGCAGGUUCAGGGCAGCCGCUAUGGGGCAGGGCCCCUUCCCUGUUCGAACCCCGCUGCCCCCCAGGAGGAGACCCCAAGACCCUGGGCCAGCAAGACACUGGUGGGACCGAACCCCACACUGGGACUCGGGUGCAGCCUUCACAGGUCCCUGUGCAAGCCUCAGUGGGGAUCGAGGGGGCGCAGGGUCACUCCGCUUCCGCGGUCCCUGGACAGUGAUUUCUACUCUGGACCAUGCACCCUGUGGGGCAGCGAGCAGGAGAGGACUGGUCCUCACCACGGCACCGUUUGUUUCCCACCAAGCUGGAUUUUUGGGACUGCUUUGAUGACUGACCAGGCAGGUGACGCUUGAAGCCUCCUCGUACUUCUAGCAAGAGUCCUUGGGUACCUGCCAAUGUCACCCUGCAGCAGAGUGUCACCGCAGGCUCCAGAGAGGCGAGAAGGCACAGGGAGGCAGAGGUGGGCUCAGGACACAGCAUCCCACUCCGGGUAGAAGGCUCGCACAGGACCCUGGCCCUGCUGUCCCCAUCACUGUCCCCAGCAGCCCUGCGCUGGCCUCGGGAUGGAGGGCUCGAACCCCACAGCAUCGUCCCUUCCGUGCCGGGAGCUGCAGCCGUUCAGCUGGCAAAGCCCUCCAUGAGCUGCUCCUUCGCCGGCCGCAGUCGCAGCGUUCACCAGCCCUGGGCUGCCACCGUCCUCUGGCUAACGCCAUCCCUCGGCCGAGCCACCAGAACGGGUCCUCGCUUUGCUGUGCCAAGCUUUCGCAGUGACUUUCCCCAAAGGCUGCAUGAAUCCCUCCCUCCUGCUGGAAAACCAUAACUCACUCCCCUUAAUUUGCUUAUUUUUCAAAUUUAAAACAAAAAAACACUUGAUUUGGAUUACGGGGGGGGGGGGGAGGUUGGGGGUGGAUUUCACUGACUCACGAAUGUGCCGCGACUACCUUGGUGUGAGACAGCAGGUCUGUUGUGUAACCCUCGCUUCUCGCCCUGCACGGUGCUGCCCGUCCGCAGCAGGGCCCAGCACCAUUAAACUUUGAUAUCUUUUAUUCAUUA